UUUUGAAAGGUUAAAAUGGAUGUAGACUUGUUGCGGCCGGGCACAGUGCCUAUAUCGCCAGAUACAGUGUUGUGGUUUGAAUUUUUGCUGGAUCAAAAUUUGCUUAAGAGACACUUAAGUAAACCGAACCCAGAGCCGUCAGCAUGUGAUUUAAUAGAAGAGUUUUUAACUGUGGACACAAAAAAUUCAAACUCCAAACCGACAAGCGAGAGAGUGGUUGAUGUUGAUGCACCUCUGAGUCCUCCAUCCAGUUCUCCGACAGCACUCCAGUUUACUCGCAAACAGCUUGCACUAAAAAUUCUUGCAUUAAAAGUAGCAGCCUCACUUAGCUGGAAUUUAGACAUAUUUGAAACAAAACUUCCACCACAAACUCAGCAGCAACUAAUGCAAGAUCUCGUUUAUAUGGCUACAGAUGCUGCAUUUGCAAUACCUCCACAGCUAAAUACGGAAAUUUCACCAGAACUAUUACAAAAACCUCAAGUUCAAUUUGCCCUCACUUUAUAUCAUAGAUGGAUAUUAAGAUUUCCAGUAAAGGCUACCUUGCACUCAAAGUCAUUGAAAAUGUCUUUUGUUCACAUGCCUGGUCUGCAAGGUGACAAUAACUAUAGUCCAAUGAACCAACACUUUGAAAAAAUAUUGAGAAUGUGUGAAGCAUCGCGGAUGCAAAGUAUUAAAUACUUAGACAGUAUAUUAGCCUUCUAUGAUAUAACUCUUGGAAAACGAGAAGCCAAAAAAAUAAAAGUCCCAGUUAUGGAAGCUUUUGUUCACCUUACGGAAGAUUCCAAUGACAUGGAACAUGAUUGGAAUGCUGGUGAUACUGUUAUAAGUCAAUAUGAAUUAGCUAUGCAGAUACAUUUUGAUCUUUGCUACAACUAUUUCUUCUAUGGGCAACACGAUUUAGCAAAACAGCACAUUUUGGGUUGUAGAGAAAAUUUUAAUCUUCUAGAAAAAGAAAUAUCAACUUUUGGUUAUAGGCAGAAUAAAGUUAUGCCUUGGGGCCAUUUUUAUUACGCCAGUAUGACUAAGGAUGAUAUUUUGGGCUAUAUAAGAGCUCUUAAUCUAGGCUAUGAGAUUUUAAAUGAAGAACCUACACUCUUACAGAAAUUGCAAGAGUCAAUAGCUAAUCACUACACUGGAAUUAUAGCAAUUUUGCAAGCAGAUAACCUUUCGAGAGAAAUACCAAUGGUUCACAGAGAAGUAGUUGAAUUAGAUAUUCAAGGUUCUGCAUCAAGUGGAGCAUUUACUGUAGCUAGAGACCUUUUAAAUCGAGUUGCAGCUCUAAACGCAGUAAGAUAUGCCCUUGAAGGUGGUAUACCUUCAACUCAUCCAGACUUUUUAAAUAAAUUUAAAACACUAGGAGUUAAAUUCUUUGACUUACUUCUUUGGGCACUAGCUCCAGUAUUAAUGUCAGAUUUGUCUGAAAAUGACUGGGAAAAUAUAAGAAUUUUCUUCCUCCACCUUUCCAUGUCGCAGUGCAAAAUACCAAUUGAUAGAAUUGAUGAAUAUUUAAAAAAAUAUGUUGGUGAAACAGCAGCAGCAAUUCGACCGAAACUGAUAUCUGAUAAACAUUUAAAUGAAAUAUUAAAUGAUCCUAUUAAUAACGACAAUGAAAACAUUGACAUACCUCGGGAGCUUUUGACUGAUGACUGGGAAACACCAGAUUUUGAGUUCAAGUCGGUACCGGAAUUAGAGAUGGGUAGAUUGAAGAAAAGGCUCAUUGAGGCGUCUACGGCAGAUGAAGUUCGCAUGUGCUUAGUAAAACUGGCAACAAUGGCCCCAUCAUCUCCUUUAUGGAAAUUAAACCCUUCAUGGAAACCACCAGGGGGUUUAGGUAACGCACUAGUAGAUUUACCGCGAGGAUUUUUACAAGAUUUUGGAUAUGUUGUAUCGGGGUCGGCCAGAGCUAGAGCCGAAGCAGGAUGUGCGCGGACGGCCUUGUCACUGCUCUCAGUGUUAGAAGGCGAAGCUAGAAGUCAAUUGGGUGCUGGUUCAGAUCCUAAAUUAUAUAGACUUUGUCGUCAACUAUCCUGGGAAGUAUUGCUGCUUCAAGUAAAUGUAGUAUUGAGUGAAUGGCCUCAUCACCGCAUAAAUUUGACUGCCCUAGCUAAUAAAUGCAAAGCUUGUAUAGCAGCUGCGACUUCAGGUGACAGUAUUAUACCUCGCCCUCAAGUGAUAGAAUCAUGUUGGAUUUGCUUGGUAAAUGCUUGCGAAUGGGAAAGCGCGGGUGUUACUAAUGGACCGGGUGAAGCGGCCGCUGCUUUAUGCGCAGCUUGUUUUGAACUACAGAGAGGGAAAGCGACUAGAAAAUUUCCUAGAGCAUUAUGGGAUUAUGCAUUAUCAAUAUUCAGUAACGGUUCUAACGGACCUGUAAAGCGAACAGCGGGUGGAAUGCCAUCACAUUCGCGAGAUGCGCCUAACUCGGCCACUGAAGCAAGAAAUGUUUUCAAUGCAUUCUUGGCCACCCUUAGAGAACCACUUGCCGUCAGCGUUAUGAUGUCUUUGCUAGCAAGAAUACACAACCUUCUCAUAGACGAUAGUUCACUCGAGCUGGUCGUGGAAUACACAAAUCUCUGGCCCUCGAAUAUCUCUAAUAUGAAUAAUUAUAAUGUUAAGCACGUUUUAGAAUCUCUGACUGAAUUACUCGAAAGGAGUUUGAAACUGUAUCCAUAUAACACAUCGUGGCUGCGGCUGUACGGCGACGUGGAGCUGGCGGGCGCGCGCUGGGCGGCGGCGCUGCGGCGCUACCUGUGCGCGCUGGCGGCCGCCACGUGGCACUUCGCCAAGCGCGCGCCCGACGAGGGCGGCCUGGCGCGCCGCGCCGCGCGCUGCUGCCAGGCGCUGGGCGCGCCCACGCAGGCCGCCGCGCUGUGCCAGCUGCCCGACGAGCCCGACUACACCACCGCCUUCAAGUGCCUCGCCGAGAAGACGGGGAAUGCGGCUGAUGCGAUGGACGGGUAUUACGGUUGUCUAUGGGACGGUACGCUCCUAGAAGUGGCGGUGGCGUUACACGCGCGGAGGGGGGAGGGCGGCAGACGCUCGCGCGCAGUCAAAGCGGCCGGGGCUCUCGAGCUCAAUGCGAACAACAGUGAGGACAUUCAGAGGGAGGCCGCGGCCAUACGACGAGCGAGACUGCUUCGUGCACUCACCAAUCAAUACGUUGCUUGAUUGAAAUAAUUGUAACAAUGAAACGUAUCAAUAAAAUAUAUUUAAAUUAAA